AUGAGGGACCGCAGCAAGGAGCUGGGCUGUGCUGACAGCGAUUCAGAACCGGAUGAACACAAGGUGUUAGUGGAACCCUCACAGAACGAUGAAGAGCUCGACCGGCAUUUCUUUGAAACGACGCGGCAGAUUCGGGAGUCUCUACAACUUCUUAGGAGUAAAGUGAAAGAUCUAGAGGCCAGUCAGACGACAGUCCUCAGCCAGCCGCUUCCAGAGGACAGUAUGAAAAAAGAUUUACAGUCCCUGAGAGAAGAGAUCAAAGUAUUAUCGAAAGACAUUCGGGGGAAAUUGCAGAAAAUUGAGGUGAAAGAUGACGAUGAAGAAGUGAGAGGGUCAGUUCACAAGCGGAUGAAGAAGACGCAGCAUGGUGUCCUCUGCCAGCAGUUCAUCGAAGUCAUUAAUCAGUGCAACGUGAUCCAGACGCAGUACAAAGAGAGCAACGUCAAGAGGAUCAAAAGGCAGCUGCAGAUCACUGGACACAACGUCACAGAUGAGCAGUUUGACGAGAUGCUGGAAAGUGGACAGAGCGACGUCUUCACAUGUAAUCUUCUGAAGGACACGCAGAUCACUAAACAGGCCCUGAAUGAGAUUGAGUCGAGACACGAUGAGAUCCUGAAACUGGAGAAAAGCAUUGUGGAAUUGCACGACAUGUUCAUGCUGCUUUCCAUGGAAGUCGAAGCGCAGGGUGAAACAAUAGACAACAACAUCGAGAAGAAAUAUUUUACAUUCCCACCAAAUUAUGUAGAAAAAGGGCGAAAGCAGCUGGAAGCAGGCGGUGAGAACAGCACACAAAGCCCCGCAAGAAAAAGGUUUACAUAGCGAUCUGUGUGGCCGUCCUGGUCCUCAUCCUCAUCAUUAUUUUGGCCACGACGUUGAGUUGA